UUUAGCAGACACACUCUGCUGCUCCCCACCCACAAAGAUUUUACAGAAGUCAAAAGUUUCCUUUUUCCAUCUUUGGCUCAAACAGCGGGCCUUGUUUUAUUUCAUUUGAAUUGGACAAAGCUUACGGCCUUUAGGAGUAGUGUAGAGCACAAGUGAGACUUUACCAUAAGAGAGCGAGAGACAAUUUUUUGUUUUUUCGUUGAGCGAGAGGAAAUUUUGAAACAUUGUGCAAUGGUGCCGCAAAAGUUUUGAAAGGUUGUGAGUGUUUUGCCAGCAAAGCUUGUGAGAGUUGGACCAUUGGAGAAGAGGUCUCCAUGUUGCAUCCAUACAGAAUGGAGAGCUACCUCAUCCCACCUCACUCAGAAGAGAUGUACGAUCCUGAGAUCUACAGACAUCAGAUUGCAGAGUACUAUAAUCCCUACGUUCUAGAAGGAGAUAUCCAGGCAGUUUCUACUGUUUGUCACCUUCUGUAUUUAGAUCACUGGGACUACCACUCUCACCCGCACGUUCACCCCAUCGAGUUUGAAAAUCUCCCAGAGAGCAACUUCACAGAGCUGCAGAGUGUGCAGGCCCUCCACCCAACCAGCCUCAUCCGACACGAGGCCAUACGAUAUGACACAGAGAGCCUCCAUGAUCCAAAUCUAGGGGCACAUCCACAUGUGAUACAGCAACCAGUCACGUUCCUUCCUCGGACUGUUUACCCUCCACACGUGUCCCAGCGCAGCUCUGAUGAAGAGGACCAUGGAGAACUGCAGGUGUCUGAUGAGGAAUGUCUAAGAGAUCGGGUCCCGUAUGUCACAGCAGAUCUAGGUAACAAAAAGAAGAUUCGUCUGUACCAGUUCCUGUUAGACCUUUUAAGGAAUGGUGAUAUGAAGGACAGUAUCUGGUGGGUGGACAGAGACAAAGGGACAUUUCAGUUUUCUUCAAAACACAAAGAGGCCCUUGCACACCGCUGGGGAAUCCAAAAAGGGAACCGCAAGAAAAUGACCUAUCAGAAAAUGGCCCGGGCUUUGCGCAACUAUGGCAAAACUGGAGAGGUGAAGAAGAUAAAGAAGAAGCUGACGUACCAGUUUAGUGACGAGGUCCUGGGCAAGAGUCAUUUGGAGAGAAAACCGUACUGAAAUGUCAAGGUUUACUAAGCACAUGUGACACUGGGGGAGUUAAGUGUGAUAGUUACUUAAUAAACCUGGUCAAACUGGUAAAUAUGAGAGUGCUCGAUUGCUGUUGUACAGUUGUUAUUCUAAGUUACCAGCCAACGCAAUGUUAAAGUAAACAACAAAGCCCUUAUGCCUUACCAAUAUUAGUACAAAGACUGCAUAUAGGCACUACUUCUGAGUUAGCCCUGUUAGACUUUACAUGAAAUGGUGUAAACUCUGCUGAGUACAAAACUGGGGGCUGCAAGCUGCUCUGCAGCUUUACCAACAUGGUGGUUCAGUUAUACAUUGAUAUAUAAUGUUCAUAAAUGGUUUAUUAUUGUAUAUAUGCAUUUUGUUGGUUGUAAAGCACCCAAAUGGUAAUGUCUGGAUAAACAUUUAUUUUUGUUUAUGUUUCCAGAUCUUUUCUUUUUUUUUUUCUUUCCUUUUUGAUUGCCUAUUUGUGUGGUAAUAUAAAGUGAUUGCGAGCAGGGAUUUGUCUUACUUUAGCAUUAAGACAUGUAACAGAGGGAAGCAGCCGGCCUAGCUCUUUCACAUACUUAAACUUUCAGCACUUCUUAAACUCAAUAAUAAGUGCAUUACAAGUUAUUUGUACAGUCUGUUCAAAUCAUAGCUGAAGGGCCUCUUGUCCUGAAGCAGUGACUUCCUGGAGUUUUGAUGUAAGGUUUCUAAAACACCGGCAUGAACUUUUAAUGAUUUUGUACGACCCUAUAAAGGCCUGCCCACAAUAAAUGACUGGGCCCCUGAAAAAUCUACCAAAUUGGCCCACCUUAAACCUGACUUUUUCUUAUUAAUUGUGUCUUAUCUUUCAAAACACUCUCUCCUUCAUAGACAAAUAUGAUGAUUAAGGAAUAGAUUAUCACGAAAGCAUCACCUUCUAUUUCUUCUUAGUGAACAGGCCCUCCCCAGUGGUGUUUAAUUAUCAACGCAUGUGUGUUGGAUCCGUGCUAGCAUCCUGGCUAACAGUUACCUCAUUUUGGAGCUGAAAAUUAUCAAGCUGUUAUUUGGUUCUGAUGUUCAACUGACCUAUAUGUGCCACUUUUUAAGACCUUUUCACCAUUGUCUCCACCCAUUGAUGUCAUAUUCUUUACACAUUAGACCAAUUUUUGCAUCUUUUAGCCAAUUUUUGCUUCUUUUAACCUAUUUGUGUGACACCUUUUCACAACUUUAGUCUUUUGUUUUGCAACUAUUCAGUCACUUCUUGCCUCUGUUACCCUUUGUUGCCACUUUUUAACCACUUUUCACUGUUUUUGCUCUUUUUAAUCAUAUUUUGACACUUUCAUCCCAUUUUUGUUUCUAUUAAUCCAUUUUUACCGCUUUUUUUUUCUGCCAAUUUUUGCCACUGUAGCCCAUUUGUGCCACUUUUCACCUUUUUUGGGUCUCUUUUUACAAUGAAUUGAUCAUUUUCCCCAUAAAGUUAUUCUGGUUCCUUCUGUAUUCUCUGGCAUUCUGCUUGUCCACAUCAUGGCUUAUCUAUGAAAUCUGUCAUUACUUUACAAAUGCUUUAGUUCAGUGCCCAUCCACAUUGUAAACAUUACUGGAAAAAAGCUAAAUCUGUUUUAAGAAAAGAGGUUUACAUUUUUUUUAAUUGGCUAUAUUUUACAACAGCAUAAAUGAAUAAAAUAAUUUUCCCUUAAUAAGUAUGGUUAUUAUUCGGGUAAAAAAUAAAAUCUGGUAAAAUAUGGACCAUUAUUUUCCUCGUCUCCAUGGGACCCCCAGUAUGGCUGGGCCCCAGAAAGCUCUCCCCUUUGUCCCCCUUUGUAGGCAGCCUUGCUCACCAUUGUUAUCAUAAAACUGGCAAAAUUGAACUUAAGCAACAACUAAAAGCAUAUGGAAAUUUCUUGUGUCAGUUAGCAUUUAAGGUCAAAUAAACAGUACAUAUUUUGUUGUAAGCAUUCCCACAUUAUGGGUGGGCGCUGCCCUUAUACGUGUGUGUUGUGUUAAUCUUUUCAUCCAACCACUGACAUGCAAAUAAAUAACUAUUCUAGGUGUAAAGCUAUUCCUUUCAAUGACUCUCUUUAGUGAUGUGGGGAAAGGAGAGGCAGAUGUAGCAGUAAUGUAUGUGUAGACCCUGUGAUCAUGUUGGCAUUUUAAAGUGCAUUUUGAUGAGCAAAUCAGUUUUUGUUGAAUAUGUGAAUGUCUUCUCUCUCAGUAUUUUUUUGUAACAUGUAACACACAGUUUUGUUCUUCUAUGUUUGAUAUUUCUCUCCUGUCACAUCCUAAAGUUCUCUUUCAGUUGUGGGUGAUAUUCACUGUAUCACUGUAUGUACAUACUAAUGUUAUGAUUUAAUAUUUAAAACAGGAUGGAGACAAAGAACCCUUUUACAAGAUGAGACAAUUUCAGUAACAUGAUACAUUUUGUAUAUAGACAAAACUCUGUUUUAUCAUUCAUAAUUGCAUGUAAACAAAUAAAUUGUUUAUAAAUUUA